AUGGCGGGGUCAUUCGACGAUCCGGAUUUAGCGGUGGAGGACUACAUUCCCAAAGACAAAGCAGACAUGCAGCUGAUGCGCGAGCGGUGGUCCAAGCUGCUGCUGGGAGACGAUCCCUCCGGAGGGGCCAAAGGGUGCGGCCCUGCACUAGCCAUGGCCAACGCCAUCACCAGCGUCUCAGCAUCCAUCUUCGGGGAUGGGCUGCGGCUGCGGCCGCUACCAGAGGAGGACGAGCGCAAGUGGCGGAGGGAGAUGGGCAUCAUGGUGUCGGUGUGCCGCCACAUCGUGGAGCUGGCACCUGCUUGGACCACUCGCCCUGAUGGCAGCAGAUUCGAGGUGAGGAGGGGUGUAUCGCAGGGGCAGGGUGAGGAACAGGGGCAGGGUGAGGAACAGGGGCAGGGUGAGGAACAGGGGCAGGGUGAGGAACAGGGGCAGGGUGAGGAACAGGGGCAGGGUGAGGAACAGGGUCAGGGUCAGGAAAAGGGGCAGGGUCAGGGACUGGGGCAGGUUGGUAAUGCGUCGGAGUGUCCGAGCGGACCUUCGGAUUCAGCUGCCGGCACUCAGCCAACUCGAUACCAUGCUGCUGGUAAUGCCCACCUGCUGCUGCACAGCCAAUCAGACGAGUACUACUAUGGGUGUGCUCGUGCUUAUUGUCCUGCUCUCAUACUACUCCCUCCUUCAACACCCCCCCCCUCCCCCCUCCCUUUCCCCUUUUUUCCCUCACCUUCAUCCACACUUUCCCUGGAGCAGACUAUUCUCCUCCAGCACAGCCAAUCAGACGAGCACUACCACAAGGGUGCUCGUGCUUGCUCUCAUGCUCAUACUACUCCCAUUCACUUAUCCUCUCUUUCCCCCUCACCUUCCUCCGCACUUCUUCCCCCCAAUCAGACCAUUCUGCAGCACAGCCAAUCAGACGAGUGCUACUACAAGGACGAGCUGCCAGGUGGCGACCUAACACAGGAGGACGGCAAGGAGGAGGAUGAGGGGGAGGAGGAGGAGUACUACCACGAGGACGAGUACUAUUACGAGGACGAGCUGCCAGGUGGCGACCUAACACAGGAGGACGGCGAGGAGGACGAGGAGGACGGGGAGGAGGAAGUGGAGGUUGAGGAGACAUUGCGUGGCGACGAUGACGAGGAGGAUGAUGACAGGGAGAGCUUCGGGGCGGGCAGCACGGGCGGCAGCAGCAGCGGCCUGGGCGGCAUGGGAGGGUCGGCAGGGGAUCUGUACGGCGCGCCGGACCGGCCAAUCAGGCGCAGCGCCACGGCUCCCUCGGAGCGGCCUGCGACUCAUGCCGGGCCGUAUGGGUCUGGAGGGAUGAGCGGGCGGUUGGGAGGAGUGGGUGGGGACGGUGGGGAGAGGGGAGGUGGGGGUAGGACAGGUGUGAGCCAUGGUUCGGCGCAUGGUUCGGGGCAAGGUUCGUCGGUUCACGGAUCGUCCACGCGAGGGUCUUCAGCAGACGAGGAGGAGGAGUUUGCAGACGACGAAGGGCAAUACAGCCAGGGAGGGGACUUUGAACACAGGGGCGCAUUGCAUGCAGGGAAUACAGGAGACACAGGAGGGUCAGGAGGCUCAGGAGACGUAGGAGACGGAGGGGGCAGGGGCUCAGGGCACUACAGACGGCUCUCCUCUCCUGUGUUUGAGGCGGAGAGGCGGGGUAGUGAAGAGGAUUUGCUGCAGCAGCGGGGCGGAGGAGGGGAAGCAGGAGGUGAGGGCGAGGAUGCAUGCAGCAGUGGGAGUAACACGGGGAGCAACGGAGGGAGUCAAGCAGGGAGCAGAGGCGGGUUGAGCCCGAACCCGGGGUCAUCCUCCUGGGGGUUACACCAGCGGUCGAGCAGCGCAGCUGUUCCUUCUGCUUCUGCUGCUUCUUCAGGUGCAGGUGUUCCUUCAGGUGCUUCUCCAGGGUCAGGGGGUAAGAGGCGGGUAUCGUCGCGCUCCUCCAGCUUCAGCUACGACUUUACGACGCUUCUAGGAGGGGGAAGGAGCCGUGGCGGUGGCGGAUCCGUGACUGCUGCUGGAGGAGGGGCAGCGUCAGGGGCAGGGCUAGGGGCAGGGGGGGGUAUUCCUUCUGGUGGCAGCGGAAUUAUGCGGGGACUGAAACGAAGCGUGACUGACGUGAGGGACAAGAGAUUCAUCCCAGAGGGCAUGGGCGGGGGAUCCAUGGGAGGCAUGGGAGGAAUGGGAGGAGCAGGAGUGGGAGGAGGUGGAGGAGGAGAGGGGGCGGGCGGGGGGCGGCAGGUGUGGCGGUGGAAGAUGAAGCCGCGGGUGCGGGGACUGUUGGGGGAGGCGUUGGUGCGGUGGCUGGAGCAGCAGAUGGAGAAGACGAGUCAGAUCAUGAAGCUCGCCAUGACCAUCAACCAGCAGGUCCUCCAGGACAUGCAGGUCCCUGACGCCUUCGUGCAGCGCCUCCCCAAGGUACGGCCUCUCCAAGGUAGGGCCUCUCCAAGGCCUCCCAUCGCCAUGACCAUCAACCAGCAGGUUCUGCAAGACAUGCAAGUCCCCGACGCCUUCGUGCAACGCCUCCCCAAGAACGUGAGGGCAGUGGUGGGCGACAGGGUGGUGUAUGCAGCCCUUCACGCCUACCCCUUCACGGACGACAAGCUGCUGUCCAGAGUGGACCUGUCCAAUCAGAAGGCCGCUCUCACGCUCUUCCCUUGCUCUCCACUUGCUCCCCUCCCACCCGUCUGUGCUUCCAUACCCAGAACGGCAGUGGUGGGCGACAGAGUAUAUGCGGCGCUGCAUGCCAACCCCUUCACGGACGAUAAGCGUCCAGUGGACCUCUCCAACCAGAAGGCCGCUCUCACGCUCUUCCCUUGCUCCCCACCCAUUCCUUGCUCCUCAGCCAUUCCCUCGCCCCAUCCAUUCCGUUUCCACCAUUCCAUCGCUCUCCAUCUGUUCCCUUCCCACCAGAACGUGAGGGCAGUGGUGGGGGACAGAGUAUACGCAGCCCUGCACGCCAAUCCCUUCACAGAUGACAAGCUGUUGUCAACGGUGGACCUGUCCAAUCAGAAGGCGGCUCUCAAGCUGUUCCCUUGCUCUCCACCUGUUGCCUUUCCACCCUUCCCUCUCCUUUCAUACCUCAGAACGGCGGUGGUGGGAGACAGAGUGUAUGCGGCCCUGCACGCCAACCCCUUCACAGAUGACAAGCUGCUGUCAACGGUGGACCUGUCCAGUCAGAAGGCGGCUCUCAAGCUCGCCUGCAAGCUCGAGGCUGCCGAGCAGAUCUGGAUGCGCCAGCUCGCACUUGCAAGGGAGCCCCAGCUGAGCCACACGCUGGGCGGCAGUUAUUUGUCCACUAGCAGCCGGGACGUGGUGCGAUUGGAGGAGAGCCUCCAGCGCGUCUCCUCCUGCCUCGCUGCCAUCCGCCGCAGAUGGCCCGACCUGCCGCAGACCACUCUGGACCUGGCCAAGAUCGCAUUCAAUGGGGACAUCAGCAAGGCGGUCCUAGAGAUCUACUCACGAGUCCUUGAAGGCGCUGCCUCCAACAUCCGGUCGCGCAUCCGAGACGACAUUGGCAAGGAGGUCCUGGAGAGCUACUCAUGCGUGCUUGAAGGUGCUGCCUCCAACAUCCGCUCGCGCAUCCGAGACGUGCUGCACGCCAACUACCUCUUCCUCGACCCAUACCGUUCAUCCCAUGCAUCCACCCACCUUAACCCUGCUGCACCUCCCCAUUCCCCGCUACCUACCGCCUCUCCUCCCCCGUGCUCCCUACAGGACAUCGGCAAGGCGGUAUUAGAGAGCUAUUCACGGGUGCUGGAGGGAGCUGCCUCCAACAUCCGCUCGCGCAUCCGAGACGUGCUGCACGCCAACUACCUCUUCCUCAACCCGCAGCAGUUCGUGGACCUGCCCUGCGACCCGCACCCGCAGGGCCUGCGCCACCCCACCUUCAGCGUGCUCAUGCCCGAAACCGUCUUUGACGCCGUCUCCAUGUCCAGUGACAACAGCGAGUCUACUAACGGCAGCGUCCGCUCGUUUGAUUCUAGUCGUAGCGGCGGGAGCGCACGGUCGGGGAAAGGUGCGCGGGGCGGAGGGGGUGGAGGAGCGGGAGGAGGGGAUGGAGGAGGCGGGCUGGGUGCGGCGGUGGGAGUGGGGAUGGCGCCGGCAGGGCCGGGGUAUCCGGGUUCCGGGGUGCUGGGGAAGGCGUCGGCCAAGUGGGAUAUGCGCCCGCCUCGCAGCCCUGAGCUGCGCAGCCCGCUCAUUUCAGGCGCCAUGGGCCGGCUUUCUGUCGGCGGCGGUGCGGUGUCCGGUGGGGGAGGUGGGUCUGGGGGAAGCUCACCCUCCGCCAGUCCCAGCCGAGCCAUGGGAGACAGGUUUCUCAGGCGCACAGGGUCGCUGCAGCCUAGGGGAAAGCGGGGAAACCGGGCGCUGGGGAGGAGUCAGAGCGGAGGGAUGGCGGAUGAGGUGAUAGCUUCUCUCCUUCUCGCCGCAUCUGCCGGCGCGCUGCUCGCGGAUUGGUCCGUUCUCCCCGCGGCGCAAGCGCUGCCGUUCUUGCUCCCGCCUGCCGGCUUCCGUCUGUACGUGGAUCGGCUCGACGGCUACUCGUUCUUCUACCCCGACUCGUGGGUAGAGGUGCGGGGAUCCGGGCAGGACUGUUUCUUCCGCAGCUCGUUCAACCUCGACGAGAACGUGAGCGUCGAGGUGUCGUCGCCCUCGUCGUCGCGAUUCGCGUCCGUGCGGGACCUGGGAGCCCCCCAGGCAGCAGGGGAGCGAGUAGAGAAGCAGCUUCUAACGGAGUUCAUGUCCACACGCCUGGGCGUGCGGCGCGAGGCCUCCCUCAUCUCCUCCGCCAAUCGCAUCGUGCCAGCUGGCACGGGGAGGAGAGGCGCCGGGGAGCAGGAGGAGGACGCGGAGUACUAUGACGUGGAGCUGAAC